CGUUCACCGAAAAUCGGUAUAGAAUAUCCUUUUUCGAAACGAACCCGUCUCCCGGAUCCUGGGCCCGAGGUGCGGAUGGAAAUCUACGUAUAAGUUCCGAAUGUUCGCCUCGAAAUAAGGAGGAAAAAAGGACGUCCGAAUCUUAAAAAAUCGAAGAGGCGGAAAAAGGAAGCGCAGUGCGUUUUUUGCGCUACGUUUAUAGUUUCCGUCGGUAGACCCGCGUCGCUCUUCACGUUCGAUGAUCGAAUUGAACGAACUUGAACCGAGCCCACCUCCUCGGAGACUUUCAUUUUCAACAAUAAAUAUGCAUAACCUCAUUAUAAUCGGGUAUAACGUACGUACGUACGUACGUACAAUACCUACCCAUCUAAUAAACAUUGGUGUAAACGCGGCGGAGCUGCUUUCACUUUUCCUCGAUCGUUCGGUGCCCAGCAGCGGCCAACUUCGGUUCAGUGUAUUCGACGCUCUUCGGGUUCCCACGUUCGCAAGCGUGCGGAAUCGUACCUCGAUAGAUCUUCUUCGGGAUCGCGAAUAUCCACCGAAAAUUAUCGCUUAUGCGCUGCGCUGACCUUGGGACGCCCGACCCCUGCUCUCUCGAACGUCUUCGCUCCACAAGCGGCUACACGGCAGCGCGCAAAAUUUCGCGCGUCCAACACGAUUACAAGGAUUUUUCGCUCGAACCGAACGAAGGCUAAAGAGGAUGAAGAAGGACAUUUUGAAAGUGACGUUGUUUUCCUGGGCGCUGUCCAUGGCGUUCGCUUACGACUCCGAGGACGCCUCGCUGAAGGACAUCCUCAUUCCCGAUGGACAAUUCGAGGCGUUUUAUCCGAAGAGUUGGCGAAACGGGGACCAGGGCGCGGCGAGGCCACCCCAUCUCCACGGUUCCUUCAACCAGUACCGCAACCCCGCUUUGGUCGGAGUUCCAAACAGCGCGGCCUACGGCUUCAGGUUCGACGGCAAACGUCGCUUCAAUUACGACUAAUUAUUCCCCUUGGCGUACCCCGCGCACUGGGGCGCCCCGAAAAAACGAACGUCCUCAUCUAACCUCCGUUUCUAACCUAAAUUCCAUUUUCUAAACCAGGACGGUCACAGCUAUUUGAACUUUGGGAGUAAUUCAGUAGGUAGAUAUAUACUUGAAAUUUUCAAAGGGCCAACUCUGAACCUGAAUACCAACGAAAUUCGAGCCGCAGAGUCGCAUGCCGACCUUCGAUCAGAAAGAAAAGGAUAUCUACCCAAGUUUCCCGAAUAACCCGGGACAGCCUUUUAUACGGCAUUUUUCUAUGACCGCACCUGUAUCGCGACGCAGGUAAUAAAUCACCUGAUUCGUUCGAACGAUGGGGAACCAGGGAAAUCAGAAUUAGCCAUAGAAUUCGUAUACAGUUCGUAGAAAUGAUGAGUUGAAGAGAAUAGAAGGUAAAUAGAAGCGACUCGUUCGGAUAAUCAAGGUUAUACAUUGAAAGGCAUCAACGAAUGACCAACUUCGGUGCGCAGGCAUGAUAAAUAUACAUUGUUGACAUAUUUACCAAACACUCGAAACCACCCCGAAUCCAGAUACAUAAUCCAAAGUAACCAGGGAAGAUACGUAUCAACAAUUUUAGUGAAAUUGCUGUAAAAGGAUAUCCACACAUUUGUCACCAAAUAUAUGAAUAAACAUAUGGGGCAUUCCUUGGCAACUCGACCAACGAUUUUCCCCCGCUACUUUUUAUCAUCUUCGCCAUUUUUCAUACGAUUCUACGAUUUUUACGCACCUGUAAAAAUGUUCGGAAUUGACCACGUUAGUUUCGCUGACUUUUUGAAAAUUUUUGGAAUUUUUCAAAGGAUCUACACCGUGUCGUUCAAAAUUUUUGAAGCGUCGAAGAGCAUGGAAAUAUGUAAUGGCUCACUACCGUCAAAUCGGGGUGAUUUGGGAUGAGGUCAACACAAAACUGUUGGUUCAGUGAAACAAAUCUUUUUUAUUAAAAUUUUAGAAUGUUGGAGUCCUUUUCUGGAAGAUUUUUGUAGUGUACUGGUCGGGAGCUGAACUUAUUCUGAUUUUGAGGGAUGAAUUUUAAGGAGAAGAGGUUGUGGGAGGAACCUUGAGUUUUAAGGAUUAGCCAAUAGGAAAAUUAGGGGGAAUACCGAUUUUGGGAAUGGAAAGUUUGUCGGUAUGACGCUGACCGUUACAGCUGCAAUGCAGAUGGAUAGGAAAUAGGUAAUAAAAGAUAUAUGAUUUUAUGAGGGUCCCUCUUAGUAGUAUGUGCUGGAAAUGUGAACAAAGAAUAGGGUCUGGUUAAGAUUAAGUUGAGGGUCUAAGGUUUGGUAAUUCGGGGACGCAGACAACAAAUAUUGUUUUACUUAAAAUAAAAUAAAAUAGCAUAUAUAGAGUCGGUACAUUACAAAUAAGAAAAUCGCCCUGUAAACGGGCUGAAUAUAUAUAUAUAAAAAUUUAUAAGAUUUUGAAGAAUUUUUGAGAUUCAAAUAAAAAAAAAAAAAACCAAUAAUUAUGGUAAAAAAUCUG